AAUGUCAACUAUCAACGCGGGUGUGGCUUUUUUCUCCGGCUGUGGCGGCUGCCCAUCGAGGAAACUCCCUCGUUGACUACGUCUUUCACCUCCACUCGUCUUAGCUCCCAACUCAAGCUUCUGGAGGCUAGAGCAUAGUCACCACUGAUCUAUUCACAAUUUCCAGUUUUACUCUCUAAAUCCCCAGAUUCAUCCUACUCAGAUUCUUGAAGAAAUGGGCAAUCGCUUCUGCAAACCAAGAUCCCACAACACUAAUGCACCGGCAACAAUCUCCUCCAAUUUCGAUAUCUCCACAGAGUUGACCUCCUACCUAAUGGCCUGCCAAAAAGAUCCAACCUUUAGAGCCUUCGAUUCCACGCUCCAAUCCCGCGCCACCGCAGCCAUAAACUCCGUCGCCGGCAACCUCGACGACCACCGCGCCCUCUCCAUCCAAUCCCUCCGCGACGUCACCCUCUGCUUCCUCGACAUGAACCACGAAGUCGUCAACUUCAUCCUCGAGAGCAAACGCGACAUCUGGAAAGACCCGGACCUCUUCGAUCUCGUUAAGGAAUUUCUCGACAACAGCCGCCACACCAUGAGCUUCUGCACCGCCCUCGAAGGCUGCCUCGCCCGCGCCCAAUCCACCCAAUCCAUCCUCAAAUUCGCCCUGCAGAAAUUCGAGGAAGAAAAUCGAGGAUCCGAUAACCCGACCCGGGAGCCAUACUCGGAGACUUUGGAACAGCUGAGGAUGUUCAAGGAAGCGGGCGACCCGUUCACGGAGAAAUUCUUUUCGUUGUUUCGCGUAAUGUAUACGAAGCAAGAAUCGAUGUUGAGUAAAUUGAGGGAGAAAAAGAGGAAUCUUGACAAGAAAUUGCGGCGGAGGAAGACGUGGCGGAGAAUCUCGAGCGCGAUUUUCGCGACCGUGUUCGUCUCGGCCAUCGUUUGCUCCAUCGUGGCCGCCGCCGUGACGGCGCCGCCGGUCGUGACGGCGUUGGCGGCGGCGGCGACGGUGCCGCUCGGGACCGUGGGGAAAUGGAUCAACAAUUUGUGGAAAAAGUACGAGAAUGAGCUGAAGAAGGAGAGGGAUAUUCUGAACACUAUGGGGGCUUGGGGUACAUUUAUGAUCAAAGACUUGGAUGACAUUCAGGUUUUGGUGGAUAAAUUCAAGAUUUUGAUUGAGGGAUUGAUGAACACUGCAGAUUUUGCCAUGCUGCAAAGUGAAGCAGUGGAGAUUGCAAUGGAGGAUAUCAAGAAGAAUGUGGAUUCUUUCAUGAAAACAGUUGAGAUCUUGAAUGUGCAUGCAGAUAAUUGCAGGCAGCAUAUAAGGAUGGCAAGGACUGUUAUACUGAGAAAGAUUAAUAAUCAAGCUAGCUCUAGCAGUUCAGGAAAUGGUAUGCUCUUUGAGUGAUUCUGUGAUGUCGAGAGAAACCCGCAACCACUCGUGAGUACGCAGUACCAUAAAAAGGUAAAUCAGCUUAAGUUAUCCAUAGCUGUUCCGCUCAAACUAAGAAGGCUAAAAGGACACUCUCACGAGGAGUUGAACCUGUGACUUUGUGGCUAACAAGAGAACAGCUAGACCAACCUAGUUGGGGCGAAAUGCUAGACCAACUUGGUUGGGAUCGCCUCAGCUGAAUUUGCCAUUUGUGGUGCCAAUAGUAUUGUUGAUUCUUUUUGUUCUUUGUAAAGAUUAGCCAUAUAUGCCAUGAUUGGGUCUAUAAUUUUAUAUGGACUCCUUGUUAGAUAUUAAUUACUCACAAUAAACUAUAGUGUUAUGGUCAGUUCUGGUGAUUCAUGUUUCUGCAAUUGUUCAAUAGUAUUACAGAUUGAGAUGUCAAA